AGAAGCCGGGGGCCUCAUUCUAACAGAGAAAGUAUUAGGAGCAGGGGCUCAGCUAGGGAGAGAUACAUCAACUUCAAGCACAGUAGAAUCGAAGAUAACAACGCUGCAGCAAUUUGCUGAAGGUUUACAGUCGCUGCUGCUGCGUUCAGAAGAAGCAGAAGCAACAGCAGCAGCAGCAGAAGCAGCAGAUAAUGCAGAAGCAGCAGCAGAUAAUGCUGCAGCAGCACCAUCAGCUGACUCACCAGCACCAGCAGCAGGCACACCACCAGCAGAAGCAGCAGAAGCAGCAGCAGCAGCAGCAGCAGCACCAGCAGCAGACGGUGCAGCAGCAGAAGCAGCACCAGCAGCAGCAGAUACAGCAGCACACUCCAAAGAAGAUGUCCCUGCUACUGAAGCUGCUGCGGCUGCUGCAGAGGCAUCAGCAAACGUAGAGAGCAGCAAGGAAGCAGCUGCUGCAGCUGAUGAUACGCAAGCAAAUGCUACUCGAGAGUAUAUCUUACAGGCAGAAGAAAAAACCUCAAAAGAAGCAGCAAAAGAAAAUAAAGAAACACCUGAGGAGACACCUGAACAAACCACUACUAAGGGAGACAAUCAGCAGCAAGACAGCAGCAAUGCUGCAGACGAAACAAACAAACAAACAGCAACACAAAAUAACACAGAAGAAACAAACUGA